AUGAAUGUUUUAAUAUAUUUUUUAUGGUAUAUAAUCUUACCUUUUGUUAUUAUAUUUCAAGGCAAAUGUCUUAUAUUAGGUCAUAGAUUGGAAACAGAAAAUUAUGAAGUUGCUACUGGUAUUAAUUAUGAAUAUUUUUAUAUUAAAUCAGAAACUAACGGUAUCAAUUCAAAACCGACUUUAUUGUUUCUACAUGGUUUUCCAUCAUCACUUCAUGUUUGGCGUCAUCAAAUUGAGCACUUUUCCAAACAAGGAUAUGGAUGUCUGGCAAUGAAUAUGAUGGGUUAUGGCAAGACAUAUUCUCCAUUAAAUGCAACUGAAUAUAAAGCCAAAUUAAUGGUUAAUCAUUUAAUUACUCUUCUAGAUUAUUUACAGAUAGAUAAAGUUUUUGUAAUUGGACAUGAUUGGGGUACUAGCCCAGCAAGCCGCUUUGUUUUGUAUCAUUCAGAACGAACAUUAGGUCUUGUCUUAAUUAGUAUUCCUUAUGGGCCACCAUCUAUAUUCAAUUUUAACCAAGUACUAAAUGAUUCAAAAGAAGCGUGUGGAUUCGAAGUUUUCGGUUAUUGGAAUUUUUUUCAUUCUGCUGAUGCUGCCGAGAUUAUUCAGAAUAAUUUGGAUAGUUUCAUUGAUAUUAUCUAUGCAAGUAAUACAACAUUAUUCAGAACAGAUUUUCUUCCACUUGGCAAGUUGAGAGAAUGGGUAACAAAUAGAAAACGAACUAUUCGAGUUUCAUAUUUAACAGAGAAUGAUUAUGAAAUUCUUCGUCAAUAUCUUGCCGAAGGAAUGCAACCAAAAUUAAACUGGUACACAGCAGCAAUUGAAAAUAUCGAUUGGAAGGAUGAAAAAGAUAUAGAUCCAAUGAUUCAACAGCCAGUUCUGUUUAUUAAAGAAAAAUCAUUUGAUGUAUGUCCUAUCUUUUCUAUCGCAGAACAAAACGAGUUUAUUCCAAAUUAUGAAAUGAUUGAAUUAAAUGCAGGGCACUGGGUAAUGGAAGAAAAACCAGACGAAGUUAAUCGUGCAAUUGAUAAGUGGAUUAAAAAAAAUCAAAUGAACUUAUAA